GCGUUGCUCUGGGAGGCGCCGCGGGGCCGGGCGCGGAGCUGCGGGCUCGGGGGUGUGAGCGGCCGGGCAGGGCGCCCCCAGGAUGCUGCGGUUCCUGCGCAGGACCUUUGGCCGGCGGUCGAUGCAGCGCUACGGGCGAGGAGCCGGGCGAGGUGGACUCGGCGGCGAGGGGGACGAGCGGGACGGGGGGCUGCGAGGAGCGGCCGCCGCCGCCGUCGGCUCGGGAGGUUUCCCCUCCUCGCCGCACCCCGGAGGGGUCGUGCACAGCGCCGGAGUGCCCGUCCACAUCCCGGCGGCCGGCGGCAGCAAGCCGGUGCUGCAGUGCCGCGUCCUUCUCCUGGACGGGACCGAAGUCAACGUGGAGCUGCCGAAAAAUGCAAAGGGGCAGGAGUUGUUUGACCAGAUUGUGUAUCAUUUGGACCUUGUAGAAACAGAUUACUUUGGCCUACAAUUCAUGGAUGCUUCCCAAAUUACACACUGGUUGGACCAUUCAAAAUUCAUUAAGAAGCAAAUAAAAAUUGGACCUCCGUACACGUUGCAUUUUCGAAUUAAGUACUACUCGUCAGAACCCAACAACCUUCACGAAGAGUUCACCAGGUACCUGUUUGUAUUACAGCUCCGACAAGACAUUCUUUCAGGGAAACUGAAAUGCCCAUAUGAAACUGCUGUUGAACUAGCAGCUCUGUGUCUCCAAGCUGAGUUGGGAGAGUGUGAGCACCCUGAGCACACACCAGAGCUCGUGUCUGAAUUCAGGUUUGCACCAAACCAGACCGAAGCAAUGGAAUUUGACAUUUUUCAGAAAUGGAAAGAGUGCAGGGGAAAGAGCCCAGCGCAGGCUGAAUUGUGCUACUUGAACAAAGCUAAAUGGCUUGAAAUGUAUGGUGUAGAUAUGCAUGUAGUUAAGGGAAGAGAUGGUUGUGAAUAUGCUCUUGGACUGACACCAACAGGCAUAUUGAUCUUUGAAGGAGCCAACAAAAUAGGCUUAUUCUUUUGGCCUAAAAUCACAAAAAUGGACUUUAAAAAGAGCAAAUUAACACUCGUGGUUGUAGAAGAUGAUGAACAGGGCAGAGAGCAAGAGCACACAUUUGUUUUCCGGUUAGACAGUGCCAAAACGUGCAAACACUUGUGGAAGUGUGCAGUGGAGCACCAUGCCUUCUUCAGAUUGCGAGCCCCAGCAAAUAGUAAAUCUAGUAGAUCCGACUUCAUAAGGCUGGGAUCACGCUUCAGAUUCAGUGGGAGGACAGAAUAUCAAGCAACACAUGGGACAAGAUUACGCAGAACUAGUACAUUUGAAAGAAGGCCCAGCAAGAGAUACCCUUCUCGAAGGCAUUCCACUUAUAAGGCAAACAAUCCUGUGAAAGCAGCACAACUGUGUGCUAAAAAUACUCCUGAAGUCCAUAACUACCAGCCACAGUAUCAUCCUAAUAUUCAUCCUGCUCAGCCCCACUGGCAUCCACACACACCUGUGAAUGUAAGCUAUCCCUUGAACAACAGCGAUCUGCACCCGUUCAACAUUGAGGAGAAUGGUGGCACUCCAUAUACCACAAAAAUGGCUGCAAGGCACCACCACCACCAUCGGCAUCACCACCACCACGCUAAUUACGGUGCCCUUGCUCCCGAGACAAAGGACAUUGUUUCUGCAGUUCCAAAUCCAACCAGCGUCCUUUUAGAACUGAGCUCAGGACUUCCCCUUCUUUAUGAUGAAACUUCUCAUCUGAAGAAAAUUGAAACGGAGAGUGUGAAGGUAGUUGGACCAUGGCCAGCCCUGCACGUCAGCAUGAACAAGGCUGAAGACAAGAAGGUAUCGGAAAAGACUCUUCAUGCCCCUGUGUCACCUUCAUCUGUACCUGACCAUUUGAAGUGCAACAUCCUCAAAGCUCAAGUGGAAGCUGCUUUUAGAGUAGGUGCCCAGGCUGUGAAAGAAGAGACCUCUUUUGUAAAUCCCAGUAAGACCUCCAGUCUGCAGGACCCUAAUGUAAGAAGUCCAGCUCCAGUGAGACCUGAAACUACACCAACAACUGUCCCUACAGAAAAGCAGGAGGUUAAAGCUCCUCGUGUGAGGAAGUUAACGAGGCAGUACAGUUUUGAUGAAGAUGACCUUCCUCCAGCACUGGCAGCAGCAGCAGCAGCAUCAACACCAGUGUCUUCAGCAUCUCCUGUGUCGCAGAAAACGUGUACGCCACAAACAUCGGAAGGACAAACACAGGUUUCGCCCGGUGGCAAGAGUUCCACAGAUGCUGGAAGCACAUUUGCUUUGGAGCCAGGUGACCUCCUGAUGGAUUUCACAGAGGCCACACCAAUGUGACUUUCUUCUAUGAAAACAGCCUCCAUCUGCAGAGAUGCCACUUGAUUUUGUUGGCUGUGCACGCGGUGUAGGCACCUGCCACUGGAUCACCGUUGAUUUCAUUGGUAAAGGCCAAGGGACAAAAGAGGUAACUUUGCAUUAGUUGUCCCAGCAAUGCAACUAAUGCAGCAACUGUUGGAGAGCAACCAUAUCCAGCAGGUACCUUCUGCUUUCUCCCUGCUUCAUUUCUGCAUUUUAAACAAAGACCAAGCAAACACUGCAAUCUUUAGUCCGCAUUUUUGCCAACACACCAAGACUGUGACAUCAUUUUGCCGUGCCACAUUUUCCUCAGGGGAUGGUGACUGGGCUGGACAGUCCAUUCUGUAGUUAUGUUUUGCUUCAGCUUGCUUCACAGCACCAGCGAAAGAGUACUGAAAAUCCUGAAGACUGUGAGAGCAUGGACACUGUCUCAUUUUUGUCACAUCUGAAUUGUUCUUAUUCUGUUUUCCUUCAAAGAAUGUCUUCUCAAAAAUAUUCACGAGGCAAAUUUAUGUUGUAAAAAUUAUCCAGGACACGCAUUUUCUUCCAGUGUGCUGUAGAGACGCUGGACUGAUUUAACAACGCUAUUUCCGUCGUCCCUCAUGCUCUCCCAAUACCUCUGAAAUCCUUUUGCUAGCAACCCAUAAUUACAAUCCUUAGAGUGAAAAUCUAGAGUACUUGAUCCCUAAAGGUAGCAUAAAAAAGAUACUAGCACCAACAAAAUUUGUAGGGCUGCCCUUGCAAAUUGUUACAGCAGUUGACAUGAAGAUUCAGGAUUAUAUCCAGGGCAACUUAACUACUGUGAUUGUAGACCUGCUUGCAAACAGUGUGUAGUUUAUACUGCAGCCACAAACUACUAUGCAUAAAGUAUCUGUGAAAUGCUAAAACUGCAGCAAAGCCAAGCUUUAGCAGAGGCUGAACCUUCUACAUCUUCUACUCCCGUGAACUCCCUUGACAUCUACUUGGGAGACAGAAGCACAGUCAAGGAGCCAUGUAGCCACCUCCAGACAAUGCCCCUCUGUGAGGAAGGAUUGCACAAAGUCCCUCUAAGAGGGAGGAAAAUACCUGACGGAGAGGAAAGUACAAGCAGCUCGUGAGACAUCAAGAAAGCGGUGUAUGCUUUAUGUUGUGUUCCAGGACAGGUAGACUCAGCCUGCUGCAAGGUCCAGAGAAGGGCUGGUGUACAUCAAUGAGCAGAGGAAUGGCAAGUUCACCAUUUGAGGGGGCCCCAAGAGAACUUGUCUCAUCAAAGAUACUGCGGGAUGAACAUGGAACUUUCAAAGUGGAGCUUUUUCAGUUUGCCAGAGGGAAUCGAGCAGUACCUGUGGGGAGGGGGACUCUGUACUGCAGUACAGAGGUCCUGUGGAAACUCACACCAAAUCAGAUGAGUCAAAGACUUGGAUUCACUUAUGUUGGUUCUUAGGAGUCAAUGAAUAUCCUUGGAAAUAUUUCCUUGAACUCCAGUCUCCACUAGUUUUUUUCAAGAUGAGAAAGGGAGGUCCAAAGACCAGAUGGAACUAUGAGGGAGAUUUUCCAGUGUUGUCUCCUCAGAGAGAGUGACAGUAGGCAGGGAGGUUCUGAACAUGUAGUUCAGUUUCUUCCUCCCUGGCUUAGUGGCUUGUGCAGAAACCCAUUCUCUUCAGAAACUUUGCAUUUGGUGCCUCAGGGUGUUUUCAACAGUACAUUUCUGCAGAAGUGCCCUCUUUAAUGUGUGUAAACAAAAUCUCUCUGCUGACACGGGCACCCAGAUAUCAAUUCGAAAACUAGAAAAAAUCCUGCAUCCCAUGAAAAGAAGGUGGCCUAUGAUGCAACAUGUGUGGAAUUUGCACCAAGUAUGUUCAUCGGGACAUAUGGUUCAUCACACAGGUUUUUCCAAGACUAAUUGGUCGAUAGUAUUGCUGAUUUAUGCUUCUUUCCUGUUGCAAGUUUGAUGAGCUGCACUGUUUUGGUCUGAUUUUUGCCCUGUGCAUCCUAGCAGUGAUUAUGCCUACCUGUCAUGCUAGUUAUGAUUCCACACAAGAAGGACAUAAACUGGGGCUGACAUAAUCUGAGUGUUCGAUCAUUUGAGCCUGGAACUGCUCCCACUGAAAAGAAUUUGUUUGUCCAUGUAGGUAUUUUGUGGUGAAAAAUACCAGAAAAUCUUUGGGUUCACAUUUUCUGCCUCAUUAUUCAUUUCAGCCACUGAAAUGGUAUGACAGCAGACAAGAAGUUUUACUGAAAAAUUGCAGAGUCUAGAAUCUUCACACUGCUUUUGGAAACUAAGCCUAAUGGUUAACUGGUAUUUCUAAAGUCAUGUCACAUGUCAGGACUGGCAAAUGCUAGUGUAAUGUCCUCUAGAUGUUUCAGCUGACGUCCUUUUCUAGUUUGAUGAGUAGAAACAAACCUCUGUGCUGUAUAGAUAUGAUGGCAUUCACCUUACACCGUGUACUUUGAAAUAAAGCACAACAGAAUACUCCUGGCUAUAUGUGUAUCCUGAGGGCCUUAUUUAUGACACCACUUUAGGUGUUAACAGCUCUGCCUCUUCUUGCUGCAAUGCAUGGGAAUCCAGCGAAGUGUUUGGCCUAAAGUCUGUCUGCUUCUGGUCAGUACACAGAGUGACAGUGCCUACCCACUGAGAUCACACUUUUUCACCAUAAUGUUACAAAUGCCUCCAGUCAAGGUGCAGGGGAUGAGAGUGAAGCAAAGCAUCAACAGCAGAAAAUAUAACUGGACCUUUGUGGAAGAAAAGAAAGUUGUGCCAAGGCAGUGAAUACACUAUUCCAAAGGCAAGGGAACAUAUCCAAAUUAAGCCCACUUCUCCCAAAAGUAGUAUUUUUUUGCCAGAAUAAGGACAUUUGUAACGUUCCCUUCUGAUAGAAAUACCAAAUUUUACUGAUUUUAUAUCAAUUAACUUGACAGAAAUACUCUUUCUUUAUGUCCCUCCACUUCCAUUUGCUUUUAUGAGAAAGUUACACUUUUUUCUCCUAACUCAUCUAAAAGGUGUUUCAGGAAAGUGCAAUUGUUUUUACAGAGAUUUUAAAUUUCAUCCAGAAGAACUCUUUGCACAAAUGUAAAGAAAAGGGGAAGGUUCUUGUCCAUUUGUCCUUUUUUUUUUCCUUUAGCCUUCUUUAUUCUCCCCCGUAAUCUAAACAAGGAAAAUCAGUGUUGUUAAUUCUUUCUGGUUGUGCCAAAGAUGUCUCCAAAGUAUAUUACCCCAAUAGAGAGCUAAUAAUGCAAAAAGAAUCUUUGAGUACUGCUAGGAAAUUAUCCACAGAGGAAUAAAUUUUUUCUCGUUUUCCCACAAAAUCAAUAUUACUGUUAUACCUGACUGAUUUUCAGAUUUUUCACCCUAAAGCUUACUCAACCAUUGGACUUCUCCUGAGACUAUGCCGAUUCCUUCUUUAUUAUUCUUUUCUUUUUUCUUUUUUUUUUUUUUUAUGACAGUCAACUGUUCUUUUAAGCUUAGUAAAUUCUCAACUUGCCAAGCUAAAUAUUCCAGACAAGGAGCUGCUUGUCCAAAGUAAUUCUGUUGUGGUAAUGCACCCUGACCUUUCAAGCAAGGGGCAUUUCAGGUUAUGCAACAAGCAUGUGAGAUGCUGCUGGAAUGCCAAACUUCUUCACUCCCCUUUCAUGCCAUGCCCCUGCAACCUGACAGUUACUCAUGGGGGCUGCCUUAAAGGUUGUUUUAUGGCUGUGACUUUGGCAGCAAGACUGUUGGCACUCCUGCAGAGAGAGCAAGUGUGCUUGAAAUAAAGUUUUGUACUUAAAAGCCUGUCUGUGCUGUUAAGGAGAGCACAGCUCUAACCUCUUGUUGCUUAUGGUAUUUUUGUAGCCCCUGUGACACCAGUCAGUCCCUUUUGGUCCUGUAGAAGAGCCUGACUGUUCCAGAAAAUGCCCAUCUAAGCAAUGUGGAUGUGCUUGCUGCUCCAUCUGCCAUGACAGGAAUUGUGCCGAGCUGUAAACUUCGAAGAUGUUACUUGUUUUGUUUCAUACCAAAGCAGACAGCAAACCUCACUCUGGUCUAUACGCAAUCCACACACUGGCAGCUACUGUGUUUUACUUCUCUGAGCAGCUAGAGUUCCCCUUCAUGAGACUGAUCUGCCCAUGGAACUGCCCAUCUCCUCUUCCCCCUUCCUUUUCCCUUCGUGUGUGCCAUCCCAGGAAAACCCUGGAAGUUGCUGAAGGUCUCCAGAGGCUGAAGGAACUGCAGCUUUGAAGUAGGUGAUAGAGUUGGCUCUGCCCUUCUUCCUUUCUCAGUUCCCAGGUGGCAUCUUUCAACUGGUGCUGUCACAGCAGGAAGAAGAAAGCACCCUGGGAAAUUUACGGGUCUGCUUCUGCCAUGUGAGUUAGGAGAUAUUUAAAGGUAUGAUAUGUCUUCCUACUAGGGCAGAGAGAGAGGCUGUGAGGGGAAGGCAUAGCAUUUAGGUUCUGCUCAGGGAGUUGUUUUGCUUUCUGAGCUGCUCUGAGAUUUUUGACUUCGUGCAAUAUACUCAACUGCAGUGCAAGGGUAAGGAAGAGACUCACCCAUCUGCUUUCCUUGUGUGCUGGGGUGGGAAUCACAGGGUUUUCUUCCCCCUUGCAAGUGCUGGCAACUGCUACUGCUGGUCAUGGUGAAUGUGCAGGACAGUUAGGUCAAAGUAGGUGAAGUAUAUUCCUGACUGAAAAGACCUUUGAAAUUUCCAAAUCAAGUUUCACAUAAACCAAUUUUUUAAAUGAUGCUUUCCACACUGCUGUCUCCCCAUCCUGCAUAUCCUCUGUCUGAACAAUAUUCUUGAAUAUAUGGGAUUUUUUUCUGCUAUUGUGUGGAUGAGGAUGUACCAGCUUCCUACUCUGAAGAGCCAAGCCAUUAAUAGUUGAGAGCUUCUUGCCGAUGCUGAAGAGGCAACAACAGUGUUGUCUCUCUGCCUUGCCUAUGGAAGCUGGCAGCAACAAUCUUAUCAAGGCCAAAACAAUAAACUCUGUUGUGCUUUUUGAGUAACAGCGGCCUGUUCUCAGUGGCUGACUCCUGUUAUGUGCCUCUGCUCCCAAGUCCCUGUGGACUCUCAAGCAUUCUGCAUAAUUUCUCUUUCCUGCAUUCACUAACUGUGUUUCAUUUCCUUAAUGAGACUAACUGGCAAAAUUAGAGAGAUUUUAGCUGUGGGAUAUCAAACUCAUACUGCACACGAGCAGCCAGCUUCCCAUCCCUGUUUGGCUCAAUGAUUGUGUUUGUAACUGAGUACACUUGUACUUUGUACUGUAACAUCAUAUUAUAAACCCUUCAUAACCUGAGAAUGUCAGCCUGGGCUCAUGGGUAUGUGCUGUCUCUCAGAAGAGUGAGACAUGCUACACCUGUCCAGAUUUGGCUCUGGGUAUAAUGUAACAUAACAAACCAGUGAGGAGCUAUUGUGUCAGUCCAGUGAGUUAGGUUCAACCAGCAAUAAAGCAGACAUAAAUACACUUUGCUAACAAACAUGAAUAUAGGACUGUAAAA